AUGGGCUACAUGGACCCGGAGUGCCUCGUCACAGGCCGCGCGGGUCCAGAGUCCGACGUGUACAGCUUCGGCGUCGUGCUCCUCGAGAUCGCCUGCGGCCGCCCGCCCGUGGUGCUCGACCAGGCGGAGCACCAGGACCAGGGCAGGACGCGCCUCGUGGAAUGGGUCUGGGGCCUGUAUGGGAGAGGGUCCGUUCUUGAAGCCGCCGACGAGCGGAUGGACGGCGAGUUCGACCACGGCGAGAUGGAGCGUGUGAUGGUCGUCGGGCUGGCGUGCGCCCAUCCAGACCCCAGCCUGCGGCCUUCCAUCAGGCAGGCUGUGAGCAUGCUUCAGUGUGAGGUGACGCUGCCAACGCUGCCUGAGAAGAUGCCCACUCCCAAGUACACCUGA